CGUAUCACAUUAGUAGCUUUUUUUGGUGUUCUUUUAAUAGUAGAAAUUCUGUCCGAAUCGAAGUUAACAGAUGCGUUGAAAAAUUCAACUUUAUCGCGUAUAAGACAUAAGAAUAAUAAUGGAAGUAAUACGGAAGAGGAUAACGAUAGUCAGGAGGAUUCAAACGCUCUUAAAAUAGAAGCGCAAAAGAUGUUAAAACAGUGUGGAGUCAGUAAGAACGAUACUUCUUAUUAUAACGGAAACGGAAAUUCUUAUAAAAAUAAUAAUAGUGGUCAACGUAAAAGAUAUGGAAAUAAUAACAACAGAAGAAAUAAAAAUUAUAACUACAAUAAUUUUAAUGACAAUGGAGAAGGGGUUGAUAAUGAGGGAAACAACAGUGAUAAUAGUAAUGAUGAAUGGAACUUUUAUGGUUCUAGUUUUCAAGAAGAAAGCAACAACAAUAACCAAAACACCUAUCAAAACAAUCGGCAAUUUAAUUCCGGAUUUAAUAAAAACAACCGAAAUCAGAACGAUCAAAGUGGCCAAAACCGCCCAAAUUUUAAUAAUUACGAUCAAACGGAUUCAAGUUCAUACGAUAGCGGGCAAAAUUAUGGAAAAUGGCCAACGAGGGGAUAUCAGGGUAGUAGCAGCACCAAUAGUUAUGAUUUAAGAAAUCAAAACAGGAAUUUCGGGGGAGGGUUCUCAAAUCGGCCUGAAGAUGACUGUAACGAUCGCCAAGGUGGAUACAGGUCGAAUAACAUGUUUGAUUAUAGAAAUGGAAUGAAUUUUGGAGUUGAUCGACCUGGAAACCAGAAUAUGAGGCCUCAAUUUAAUCAAAAUCAGAAAGAAAGAAACAGGAGGUUUAGCUACUUUGAUAGAAAUGAAAGCGAUGAAAAUGAAAAUAAUCAGUGUAUUAGUCAGUGUGUCUUUGGAUAUUUGCACUUGCUUGAUGAGGAUAGAAGUCCAUCGGAAAGUAUGAUCAUCAAAUGGCUUCAAGAGCAUAUUAAUGGAAGCGACAUGGAUCGAAUUAAAGUGCUGAGAGAUGCGAGGAGAUGUUUCGCACGAAUAACUACCACUGAUAUUGAAGAUGGCUGCGAAUUUUCACAAGAACUGUCCAAAUGCCUUGAACUGGAUUUGGAGUAACCUCAUUCAUGUCAACUUUUUUGCAAUUUAAACCAGAAAUUUAGUACUAGCACUAUUAAUGUUUAAUUAUAUUGUCAAUUUACAGUUUCUCUUUGAAAUAUAUUAAAUUCCAAUUAUUAUUUUAUAAAUACGCGGCUAGAGGUAACUGAUAAUCAUCAUUGUUCUGACUUUGACCAAUUUACAUCCAGUGUUUUGUAUCUAUGGAUUCAA